CUGAAACUCUCUUAAGGACGAAGCAAAGGCAAAAAGGUUCGAGCGAAAUGGCAACUGAGAACAACAUAACCAACAGUGUCUUAUCCACUCAAGAAGAAGAGUCUGUCGCUUGUGCAAACAAAUACCGUGGACUUGUGCUAAAGAAAAAGCCUCUUAUCUCGCAGGAUGCCAAACGUGCUUGGUUUGAUUCAGCUGACUGGGCUUUACGCAAGCAAGAUGCAAACCGAGAUGAAAGAACAAUAGAAGCAAUCGAGAACUUAAAACCCAUAUAUUUCCAGAGAAGACCUCGCAACGAACGUCCCCCUACCUUUGCAUUUGGACAAGAGAAUCAGACUGAUUCGAGCGUUUAGGAUACAACGCAAAAAGAGUUUGGCGUGGAAAUGGAACGUGAUUGGUUUGGUGUGAGAGCCCACUCACGUCGUGUUUCUUGCUUCCAUAAAAGCUCUUAUGCAGUUGUUCUGUUUUGGCUCUUGGUACUUAAAAAUGCUUAUCGUUUCAAUAAAUGUUGCAGACAUUGACAUAUGUUGCUGCUUCUUUAUUUUCUUUCUCUUUAAUAUCCAAACAUUGGUGGGAUUUUAGUUUAUUUAAACAAAAAAAUAUUUAUAACUCAAAA